AUGCGUGGAAGCAAAUGCAAGAGACUGAGGGAGAGCAUGACCCUAAAGCCUGCUUUGAGGCCCCUCACACAGUCCUACACGAAGCCAGCUCCCAAGCAAUACCACUUUGCCUAUCAUACCAAUCAUCUCGGCCGCCCUCACGCGCGCGCGGUUUUUGUUUCCUCUGCUUUUGUUUUCGGAAAUGUGGAAGAAAACUCGAAUUUCAUCCUGGAUCCAGUGGUGACGUGUAACUGGACGGCAUUGAUUACUGGUACUGCAGAAUGGGGGGAAAGCAUGAAGUUUUCUACAAACAUCGAGAAGGAGGACUGUGGCACACAAUGCUUCGGUUGCUCAUAUUGGGUACUUGUCGGAGCUGUCAAACUCCUCCGUUUAGGAUCAACCCUUAUUGUUAUGAGUCAGUGGCAUUGCGUUGCUGCACCUACAUCAGCGGUAGAGCAGGGCAAACAGUUUCAUGCAUGCUCAAUCAAAUUAAGGUUGGAGAAUACUUUAUGCCUAAGCAGUGCUCUUGUCACCAUGUAUGCAAAGAUGGGGAAUAUUGAGAGUGCAAAUGAAGUUUUCAAGAGGCAAGGAGAGCGAGACUUAGUUCAUGGAACUCAAUUAUCUCUGGAUAUGCUCAACAUGGUAACGGGAAGAAGGUGCAAAUGUUGGGAGUUUUGGUCGUUGCGUAUCACCGCAAUUAGGAUGGGAAAACUCGCUGCAGAAAAGCUCAUUUCACUUCAGCCACAUGAUUCUGCUGCAUAUGUUCUGCUGUCCAAUAUCUAUGCCGCAGCUGGAAACUGGCAAGAGAGAGCUAAAGUUAGGAAACUCAUGGAUGAGAGAAAAGUGAAAAAGCAACCCGGGUAUAGCUGGAUUGAGGGUCAGAUAAUUCUGAAAAAUCUUAGAGUUUGUGGUGACUGUCACAAUGUUAUUAAGUUGAUUUCAGGAGAAGAGGGCAUUAUUGUUGGGUCAAAAUCGGUUUUCCACAUUAAGGUGGUUUAUGCUCGUGGAGACUAUGCGUGA